AUGUCCUUCAGACAAAGCAUCAACUCGUCCAGAUACCAGGAAUUUGACCCCGAAACGGGCGAUGUCGCGAGGAAGAGGUCGCUUGUCAAACCGGAGAGAUCAAGAAUCGAUCAAUCCCAUCCAAGGUACCAUUACUCACAAGUUGCCAACCAGGAAUCGUCUCACCUUAGGAUUUUGCCGUCCUCCACUGGGUUGAAUCCUGGUUCUGUCCCUGAAAACCAUAGACUGCCCUCCCCUUCGCAUAGAGGCAGUACCUACAGCAGGAAUACCAAUACUACUAAUAAUAAUAAUCUUAAUUUACCCGAUCUCUAUGAAGAAGGUGAAGAGGGUAUCCCGUUGAUGGAAAUCAGCUCUCCCACUAGAAACAAGGAAGAUGGUAGAGAAAUGUUUGGACUUAACGAUGAGAUAGACUACUCACCAAAUCGUAAUAACGUCAUAAAAUCGUCUACCAAUGCAAACGCCAGCAUGCCUACAUCCCCAGCAAAGAAGAGGGCUAGGGGUUCAUCCGAAAAGAGCUCUUCAUCGUCAUCUUCAUCAACUGGGUUGGACUUCUGGAAGCUUUACUGCUACUUAAUUACAUUCUGGGCCCCCGGACCCUUGUUAAAGCUCUUUGGAAUUAAAUCGAAAGAGCAACAGUAUGCAUGGAGAGAAAAGAUCGGGUUGCUUAGUUGUAUCUUAUACUUAGGUGCUUUUUCAGCUUAUGUUAUUUUCGGAUUCACUAGAACAGUGUGCUUUCAUAAUAAAGUAUUUGUUCGUAACAACGAUGUAUUGUCAUCAUUUUUGAUCAUGAACGGAAGAGCGUUUGAUUUAUCACAUUCACAGCAUCCAAAAGCUGCAGGGAUCGGAAUUGGUACUAACGUGUUGUAUCCUCCAAUUAAUGCUGGUGGUAUGGACGCAUCUUUCCUCUUCCAAAAUGUCAACGGGAAUUGCAAGGGCCUUAUUAAAGCCAGAGAUAACGCAACUAUUCCUCAUAGUGAUGAUUAUUUGGACUUAGCUUGGUACAUGCCUUGCAACUUGUUCAAACAAGAUGGUUCUACAAAACCAAACUUCACAGAACCCUUCUAUAGCGGUUGGGCGUGUCAUACUUCUGAAUUGGCCAGAGGGCAAUACUACAACUUGACUGUAGCUGCUGACGUCUACUUUACUUGGGAUGAUAUUAAAAACAGCACGAGAAAUCUUGUUGUUUAUAAUGGAGUUGUCUUGGAUUUGGACUUGAUUGACUGGAUUUCGUCAGACCAAGUGACAUACCCAGAAAUGUUUACUGAACUAAAGAACGACCCAGUAUUCAAGGGCCACGAUAUAUCAGUUGCUUUAACAAAUAGUCAUCAAAGGCAGGUUGCCCGUUGUCUCACCGAAAUUGUUAAAGUGGGGACCAUUGACUCUGAAACCAUUGGAUGCAUUGCAUCGACUGUAGUGUUGGUUGUUUCCUUGAUUUUCAUUUUGGCGGUGGUUCUUGCUAAGUUUAUAAUGGCUUGUUAUUUUCAUUGGUAUGUUUCCAGAAGACAAGGAACCAACGAGAUUAAUAGUAAAUCCAUGUUAGAAAGAGAUAGACAAAUUGAUAACUGGGUAGAUGAUCCAAGUUCCAGAGCUCCUAUUCAUGAAGUGCCAGUUGAGCAAAGAGCAAAUUAUCAUUCCGGAAAGACAAACAGACAAAGUAUUUUCAUAAGAAACAUUGAAAAUAAUAAUAAUACUAAGAAGUUAGCCACAUCAUCAAAGCUGCCUCUCACAACUAUGUCUAGCCAAGCAGCAUUGUUGUCCAGGAAAAAGGAUGGAAAUGGUCAUAAACGUAUCCUCAGUAACCAUUCGUUAGGUAAUAUUGCAAGUUCAUCCAACUUACCAAGAAAUAGACUCAGUCAAUCAUCUCUUGAUUUGCUCGGAAAUCAUAGACCAAAUUCAGUGUAUAAUCCAUUUGAAGAUUUUGCAAUUAACGGAUUGUCGCCAGAUAUUAUUCACCCUGACGUUGUUCCACAACCGCCAGUAGAAUAUCAGCCAACCGGAUACCCAUUAUUGCACACUUUGGUGUUAGUUACUUGUUACUCAGAGGAUGAAGUUGCCAUAAGAACUACCAUGGACUCUAUCGCCACUACCGACUAUCCCAAUUCACACAAACUUAUCUUGGUUGUAUGUGAUGGUAUCAUUAAAGGUUCAGGAAAUGAUGUUUCCACCCCUGAUAUUGCAUUGAGUAUGAUGACAGAUUUCACUAUCCCACCUGAUGAUGUUGUAGCAUGUUCGUAUGUUGCAGUUGCUCAAGGUUCUAAGCGUCACAAUAUGGCAAAAGUUUAUGCCGGAUUUUACAAAUACGAUGAUGAGACCGUUGCUCCAGAGAAGCAACAAAGAGUUCCAGUGAUUACCGUGGUAAAGUGUGGAACGCCUAGUGAAGCCAACCUGGCCAAACCUGGUAACAGAGGUAAGAGAGAUUCACAAAUUAUCUUAAUGUCAUUUUUACAAAAAGUUAUGUUCGAUGAAAGAAUGACUGAAUUUGAAUUUGAAGUGUUCACUAGUAUAUGGAGAAUCACUGGUUUACUGGCUGAGUUUUAUGAGGUUAAUUUGAUGGUAGAUGCAGAUACAAAAGUUUUCCCCGACAGUAUAAAUCAUAUGUGUGCAGAAAUGGUGAAGGAUCCAAUGAUCAUGGGUUUGUGUGGGGAAACUAAAAUUUCAAAUAAGAAGCAAUCCUGGGUUACUGCAAUCCAAGUCUUUGAGUAUUAUAUCUCGCACCAUCAAUCGAAGGCCUUCGAAUCCGUUUUUGGUGGUGUAACUUGUUUACCAGGGUGCUUUAGUAUGUACAGGAUUAAAGCACCAAAGGGAUCUGAUGGGUACUGGGUUCCUAUUUUGGCCAAUCCUGAUAUUGUUGAAAGAUAUUCAGAUAACGUUGUUGACACUUUGCAUAAGAAGAAUUUGUUACUUUUAGGAGAAGAUAGAUUUUUGAGUUCUUUGAUGUUGAAAACUUUCCCUAAAAGAAAGCAAAUAUUUUUACCCAAAGCUGCCUGUAAGACGAUUGUUCCAGAUUCCUUUGGGGUGUUAUUGUCGCAACGUCGUCGUUGGAUCAAUUCUACCGUUCAUAAUUUAAUGGAAUUGGCAUUGGUCAAUGACUUGUGUGGUACGUUUUGCUUCUCCAUGCAGUUUGUUGUUAUGAUUGAGUUAAUUGGUACACUUGUUUUACCCAUGGCCAUUUGUAUUACCAUCUACGUUAUUAUUUAUGCGAUUGUGUCCACUCCUACACCGGUUAUGUCAUUAGUCCUUUUAUGUGUUAUCUUUGGAUUGCCUGGUAUGUUGAUUGUCGUCACGGUUUCUUCGUGGUCAUAUUUUGUUUACUUUCUUAUUUACAUUCUUGCCUUACCAGUGUGGAAUUUGGUACUCCCAUCGUAUGCAUUUUGGAAGUUUGAUGACUUCUCUUGGGGUGAAACUAGAACAGUCGAUGGAGAUAUAAAAGGAGACCAUGCAGGCGCGGAGGGUCUAUUCGACAGUUCUCACAUUACAAUGAAGCGCUGGAAAGAAUUUGAACGAGAGAGGAGAGCUAAGGAACUUAAUUCAGAAAACCUUGGGGGUUUGUCAUAUCCUAGAGCAACCUGGGAUCCUGCAUCUGAAAAGGAAGAGGAAGACUUCUCGAACUCAGGUUCAUCACAAUAG